CUGAACAGCUCGGCAUUUUAAGUUGUCAAUCCAGAUUUGUAUUUCCUGGUUUGUGUGUGUGUGUGUGUGUGUGUCCCCGAGUAAACUGAGCACCACAUUGACAAAAUCUGCUGUAUUUUUGCAAGCCCGCAGCUGAAAAAUGCGAGCAAUAGCCCAGCCCAGCCCGCUGCUAUUUACAGAACAGCUGCUUAUGUAACAGCCCGUAGCCCAAUGGUUGUGCGGGGGCUGGCGGCUGUGGCCUGUGUCACAACCCAAGCAACGAGCGGCUCCGAUCGCCGAGCCCAGUCCUGGGACCUUUUACUGUGGAAGUCAGUGCUUGGCCGCUGAGAGGGAUGGAAGCACCAGGCGCUCUCAACGAGAUGCUACAGCUGGCCGACGAGGCUUUCCGGGCCAAGAACUACGAGCUGGCGGCCGAUAUCUACGAGUGCCAGCUGCUGGAGCUGGGCCCCGAGCGGCGCCUCUACCUGCGAAAGGCCGACGCUUUGUGCCGUUGCGACCGCUUCAGCGAGGCCCUGGAGGCCUACCAGAAGGCCGCGGAGCUGGGCCGAUUCCGGCCCGAGGACAUGCAGAACCUACUGGACAGCAUCACGGCCAACAUCCGCAGCAAGGAGAUACUCCGGAGCGACAGGCCGCAAGCUCCGGGCCAGCCCCGGGCGAGCAGCAGUACCUCAGCAGACUCUGCGCUUGGUCCCGGGGACAGCGACGAGGAAGAGAACGCUGCGCCCUCCCUGCUGAGCUGCCGCCUGUGCCUGCGGCUGCUCUUCGAGCCCGUGUCGCUGCCGUGCGGACAUACCUUCUGCCGGCGCUGCCUGGAGCAGGCGGCGGCAGCGCAGUGUAGGCUCUGCAAGCUCCCCGCUGCCGUGCGGCCUGAGGCCGGGGCCGCCCCCUCCACCGACUCCAGCUUCCGACCCAAUGUGGUUCUCUGCAACUUAAUGGACAAGUGGUUCCCCUGCGAGAGUCGCGCUUGGCGGCUGCUGGCCGAGGCCGACGGGCUGCUCCAGGGCCGCGACUAUCUGGGCGCUCUGAAGCUAAUGGAUCAGGCGCUCUCGCUGGUACCGCAUGACUACUUGAUGCUGUGUAAACGUGCAGAGCUUUAUGUAACUCUUGGAAAGUAUGAGAAAGCACUUUGUGAUGGAGAUGUAGCAUGUGCACUUAAACCACUAAAGGCACAGGGGCAUUUUUGGAAAGCUGAAGCUCUUGCUGAAAUGGGUAGAAUUGAAGAAGCUUUAAAGGAAUAUUUAUACUGCCUUGCUCUGAGACCAGACUGGAAAGCUGUAAAACUAAAAGCACAAAAGAUCUUAUGUGAUAUUUUUGCACCUGUCGUGGAAAAUAUGGAGGACACUCUACUAACCAACAUGCGAGUGCAGUCAUCUUCUAUAAGACCCAAGCCUACUUUUCUCAGCACUUUUAGUUCUGCAUCAGUUGUAAAAGAUGGUACAGUUGCUGGGUCUUUUGAGUCUUUGAUCAAAGUGAACAAAAUUAUAGUCCAGGAACCAAAUGAGUUGAAUCAAACACUGAAAAAGUCCAAGAUAACACUUGUUGAAAACUCUCUGCCCGUUGAUGCAGCUCCAUCUAGGCCAAUUGAUGACAGCAAAAAGAGAAAGCUAUCAAAUGAGACAGAGUUCUGUGAAAACUUCAAAAGACCCAACAAAGUGGCUAAAAAAGAUGAACUUGCUCCGUUGACAUUUAACAACGUCAAAGCUUCAGGGGAGAUUCCUGAGAAGCUUGUGGAUCCAUCUGAUUUUGAAUGUUCUCUUUGUAUGAGAUUGUUCUAUGAACCUGUCACCACUUCCUGUGGGCACACCUUCUGUUUACGGUGUUUAGAACGCUGCCUGGAUCAUAAUUCCAGAUGCCCACUUUGUAAAGAAAAUGUUGCUGAGUAUUUGGUAACGAGGGCUUUUGGUAAGACGUUCUUGAUAGAAGAACUGAUUGUUUGUUACCUGCCUGAAGAAUUAAAGGAGAGAAAGAAGUUUCAUGAAGAAGAAAUGAAAGAGCUGUCCAACCUCACUGAAGAUGUUCCGAUUUUUGUCUGCACCAUGAGCUUCCCAACUAUUCCAUGUCCUCUUCAUGUUUUUGAACCACGUUAUCGACUCAUGAUUCGCAGGUGUAUGGAAACUGGCACCAAGCAAUUUGGAAUGUGCAUUGGAAAUGAGCUUAAAGGGUUUGCUGAUUAUGGCUGCAUGCUGGAAAUCAGGGAUGUGAAGUUUUUUCCUGAUGGUCGUUCUGUAGUUGAUACUGUUGGCAAGCGUCGAUUUAAAGUUUUACACCAUGGCCAGCGAGAUGGUUAUAAUACUGCUAAUAUUGAAUAUCUGGAAGACAAGCAGGUGGAAGGCGAAGAGUAUAAUGAACUUGUCUGUCUGUCUAACUCAGUGUAUGACCAAGCAUUAAAUUGGUUUAAAUCACUCAAGGAUGAUAUGAGAACUCAAAUUCUGAAUCAUUUUGGACCAAUGCCAGGAAAGGAGCUAAUACCUCAGUCAAGUCAAGAUGGCCCUGCCUGGUGUUGGUGGCUGUUAGCUGUAUUACCUUUGGAAAGUCGUGCUCAGCUAGCGGUUCUUUCAAUGACCUCACUCAAAAAUCGCCUUAUUGCUAUUCGCCGUGUAUUAGUGUUUGUGACCCGACGACAGUUCCGAUCAUUGUGAUGAUGAUUUGAUGGGAUUUAUAGCUGCCUUCCAAAUGUGUUACUUUUUGGUCUAAUCUACAUAUGGAAAAGUUUUUGAAGCCCCAUCUGAACCAAAAUAAUGUAACUUUUGAAAAGAAAAAUGAAGCAGUGAAUUGCUCCUUUCCACAUAAAUUAGUCUAAGAAAACGUGCUUACAAGCAAUUAAAUUUCAUGUGUUAGAAUUGUCCUUUGGUUCCAGAGUUGUAUUUGAAACCAUCAAUGCUGUUUUAGAAAACAUUCUCUUAUUACUGAAAGAGUCUUAGAUAAAGUAUCUGUAGGUUGAGUCGACCACUCCUAAUAAAUAAAAAUUCAUUGUGCAGAACUAUUGAGGAAUACAUUUUGUUACAAUACUGGCAAGGUGAAAUUAAAGUCUUCAAAUCUGAGGUGGCAGACAAUGCUACAUAGACUUGAAGCAAUGCAGAUAAUGACCAUAGAUUGUAAGUCUUUGACCUUUCCGGAAGUCAAGAGUGGCAGAGCUGAAACUCAAAUUUUCAAAUUGCUGUUCUGAAUUUGGAAUAUGGGCAGUGUAUGGGAGAAGUUAUUUUUCAUUGAUUGUCAUUAUUGAAUGGAUAACACAUGGUCUGUUUAUACUACUAGUAGGAAUCUUUUGUAGGGAGAUCUUAGGGUUGUUUCCAUUCAUCUCACCAAGAUAUCAUAUGUUAUACUGUAGAUUAAACUUGUAUGUCAUUCUCUGCAUGUACAGUGUUGUUGAUACAGAGCAGAGCCAUCCUGGAUAUUCUUUUCAAAACUUUAAGAUUAAGGGAAAUUACCAUAAUAUUAGGGGUUAACUAUGUCUGAAGUCUGCAGCAUUGAAGGAAAAUGUUCUACCUCAAAUUUGGGUGAGUUUGAUACUGCUAGUAUAAAGUUUCCUCUUCAAUAGUUACUUCAGUGUCAUCAAGAGCAUAUUUUAUUUUUUUGCCUCGAGGACAGAUGAUGGAAAUAGUAGCAAUAAUCCAUGAUUUACAAUCAUGUCACACCUGAUGGCCUAUUGAUGUCUCAUUUAGCUGGAUGUUUAAGUCUGUCCAGACUGAGCAUUACCAGGGUACCAGAAGGGAGAGAGCAAUGCAAUUUCAAUCUAAAUCCAGAUCUCACUUGUAGUCCUAGCCAAGUAACUUUCCAAAAGAUAAUUAGACAUGGAUUUAGAGUGGAAAACCUAGUCAGAAUUUUGUUCCCACCCUUGCAUGUAGGUGCUGAAGUCAGCUUUAAUUCAGAUUGGGAAUUGAUAGAGACCUUAUCUAUUCUACACUGGACAGUGUCUUUAAAUCGGGAGAACUUGAUUAUCACAAAAUAAAAUUUCAUUGCUGGAAUUUUUUUUUACUGAGGUUUAAUGGAUUUAUUUUCUCAGGUAAGCCUGUUUCCAAGUUGAAUUAUUCAGUACCAUUCAAGUUAGGCUCAUGAUAGCAGAUUGGAGAAAUUCUGUCCCUAGCAUUUUCCUCCACCUAAUUAUUUCAAUUGCCUGUUCUUAGCCUAAUUGGUCAAUUUGAUUGUUUGUGAAGUUAACAUAUGGAGAUUUUGGAAGAAACUUGUAUCUUAUUGCAUAACUUCACAGGAUGGAACUUCAGUUAAUAUUACAUCACUCUAGGUUUCAGAUUUGGCAUCUGUUUUUUAUCAUUAAUUAUCUAUGAGUAACUUUUUGAUUUUAAAAGCAGAGUAUAAAUUCAUCAUGCUUCAGUCAUGAUUGUAUGCAGAUGGGUGGCAGUAAAUUUCCAGUCACUAUCUUCUUCUGCCGUUGUUGUUUCCGAUCUUAACUAUCUCUGAAACAUGACUUCAACUUAGUUUAAAUUGUUAAUUAUUACUCUUAAAGCUCAGUAAUUCUUAAGAAAUUAACUGGUACAGGAAAAUUCUGAAUUCUGUUUUUUUUUUACCUCCCAUCCUUCUGAGUCUUAUUUUUCUGGCAAAUGUUAAUUUUACUUUGACUUAUUUGAAUUCCUUCAUUUCCUUACUAUAAUUUGAACCAGUUUUCUUCAAUUGCUGAGUAACAUUGUGCCACUCAACUACUUAGAAUCUGUUUCUUCUAAUUUCUAGCAAUGUUGUCAAAGUUCUAGUAACUUGCCUGUUAAAAAUAUUGCACACUUGUAAUGUGAAAUACUCAUUGUGUUUGAAAAAUUCAUUGUUGCUGUGAAUUGUUACCAAGGUUUGUAAAGUGCCAUUUUACUGUGCUGUUAUUUUGCAAUGUAGAAAAGGAUUCACUAAUUUGUGGUAAUACAUUUGCUGAAUUUGUACAAUUUCAUAUGCAUUUUCAAACUAUAGGACUGCUUGGACACACUUUUUGCAAUUGUUGAAGUUGAAACCAAAAAGAACAAGGAUAUAUAUUUGUUACGAGACAUAGCUCAUGAAAAAGCAUUGGCCAAAUAUUGUCAAUUUGUACUCAUCUUGAUAUUGUUUUUGAAAUUUAUCAUAACUUUUAUGGAGCAUAUAUACAAAUGCAGAAUUUGUUUUGCAAUAGUGGUAAACACUUGCAUGACGAAUUCUCAACUGUGGCUGUGUUAACAUUAAACAAUUGUUACCUACAAAGCAUUUUUACUUUGUUAGGUAAUAAAAUAUACAACCUCUCAUUCUUGAUUUUGCACACAGUUUUCUAAGUUGUAUAGAUAUGAAAGUUAAUACCAUGUUGCAAUUUGUAACAGGCAAAAGAAUCUAGCAUUUGGUAUUUCACCAAUUAAAAUAUACCAAUGCAAACCCCAGACCAGUUUACAUUCUGAUUAUAGAUACACAUGGUAUGCUACCUCAUUGAACUUGAACCGGAAACUAACAAACUUUUAAGUUUUGAAUCUUAAGGUUCUAUACAAAGCAUUUUUCAUUUAAAAUAUAUUUGACCAGAGGCCUUUUAACCUAAAGUCUGUGGGGUAGAAAUUUGUCCUCUGACCCUUGGCACUAAAUAAAUAAUAAAGUAGCAGUUCCACAGUAUAAAUCCCUCAAACUUUGAAUUUAGUACAAGCAACCAAGGACUAAUUUCUGGCCCCAGAUCUUUUAAUUUACUGUUCAAAAUGUAUUUGCGCCAUUGUAUGAUGUGUUACUAUGUUUUGAUUCUGUGCUUGUUUUCCAUGAUUCAAAAGUGUUUAAUAUAAGAUGCUGCAAUUUCUUGUGUAAAUAUGUAUUAUACAAAGUACAAAAUAUAUUUAUUUGGAUUU